GAUUCACAUCAAGUACAGUAGAGCCGGAGAUGUAACCAUAAAAACCCUAAAAAGGAAUAAACCGAAUCUUUUUUAGAAACCAUUUAAUUUCUUUAUCGUCCGAUAAUCUUCUCAAUUUUACUCUCAUCACCACCGCAGCCACCGCAGUCACCGCCGCCAUGGGUAGCCGAGCCGGAGGAGGCGGAGGAGGAAGCAGAGACCGAUUCCGACGGGACUUCACGUCAUCAUCAUCAUCUUAUCCUCCUCGAUUCGAAGACAGUAAUAAUAACAGUAACACUAAUUUCACCGGCGGUAAGCGAACCAGUAAAAAUCCGCCGUCAAGACAUCUAUGGGUGGGAAAUUUACCGCAUAGUAUAAUGGAGAACGAUUUAACUCGUCAUUUUUUACACUUCGGCGAACUGGAGACGGUUGCUUUCCAGGAAGGACGUAGCUAUGCUUUUAUUAAUUUUAGAAAUGACGACGACGCAAUUGCCGCUCUGAAAGCGCUUCAAGGUUUUCCUCUCGCCGGUAAUCCUCUUAGGAUUGAGUUUGCCAAGGCGGAUAAGGCAUUGGCACCAUCACGUGAUGAAGAUUAUUUGCAACGGCGAGAUGAACAACGCUCUGCAUUGAAAGGAUCCCCUUUCUCACAGAGGGACUCUAGACUGGGUACUGCUAGUCCUGAACCUUUUUAUGCUGACAAAUCCAAGAUGAAUGAUAAAAAUGCAGAACCCAGUGAGGUGUUAUGGAUAGGUUUUCCAGCCUUACUGAAGGUAGAUGAAAUGAUCUUAAGAAAAGCCUUCUCACCGUUUGGUGAUAUUGAAAAGAUUACUGCAUUUCCAGGUCGUAGUUAUGCUUUUGUUCGCUAUAGGAAUGUAACGUCGGCUUGCAGGGCAAAAGAAACCCUUCAGGGUAAAUUAUUUGGAAAUCCUCGUGUGCAUAUUUGUUUUGCCAGGAAUGAAGGUGGCUCAUCAGGUAGUGGAAGGACCCCCCACUCUCCACAGUUCAAAUCAAAUGGUCAGCCAGGUGGCUCUGAGAACUUUCAGCGGGAUAGGAACUUUGGAAGCUUAACUGCAGAUUCCAGAUCUUCUUUUGGGGCAAACUCGGAUCCAGAUUCUGAUGCAUAUGGCGUUAACAGAAAGCGCAUGUUGCAUCCUGGUGGUGAUAAUUGGAGGUUUGGGGAAGAUCUAGGACCUUCACCAAAUGUGUAUGAACGCCAUGAUAAUCCUACCAGAGAAAGGGACUCUCAUUUUGAUGAAUUUCCUCAAAAAAAUCCUCAGAAGGCCUCAUACUAUGAAGAACCGUGGGACUCAUCAGAAGAUUCCUAUGUAUUCCAUGGAGCCAAGAAAUUGAAGACCGACUCCUUUCCUCCUGACAAAGAGCUUCCAGAGUAUCCUUACUCUGACAAUGAGCAGGAGAAACGUGCUUUCCCAAGAUCCUUUUCUGACUUUAGCCAACCUGAGGUCUAUGAGAAGAACUACGGGUAUAAGCCAAACCAGGAGCGCCCAAGCAAUUUCUCUCAUCCUCAUGCAGAAAGGAGUGACCUCUGGAAAGCGCCUUAUGAAAAUCUCCAGUCCAUGUCGGCUGCUGUGCCUUCAAAUCCUAUCGAGAGGAAAAUAUUUAGUCCUGAGCCAGAACCAUCCUCAUUGAAGUUGUGGAAAUGGGAAGGAACUAUUGCAAAGGGUGGAACUCCUGUCUGUCAUGCUCGCGCUUUUCCUGUAGGAAAAGCCCUGGACAUCAUGUUGCCGGAAUUUCUUGACUGCACUGCGAGGACUGGCCUCGACAUGCUUGCGAAGCACUACUAUCAAGCAGCGUCUGCUUUUGCUGUUUUCUUUGCCCCUGCUAGUGAUAGUGACAUGGGAUACUACAAUGAAUUCAUGCAUUAUCUUGGGGAGAAGCAGCGUGCUGCAGUGGCUAAAUUGGACGAUAAGACCACCUUGUUUCUUGUACCGCCAUCUGAAUUUUCAGAGAAAGUACUGAAAGUACCCGGAAAACUGUGCAUUUCCGGUGUUGUUUUGAGGUUAGAACUUCCCGGUCCAGAUAUGGGCCCUCUUCACCAUCCAAAUGGACAAAGAGGUACAAAUUUAUUACCCUUCCAUGUAGAUGCACCAUCGACACCUUCAGGUCAUUUUUCUUCAAUGCCACCUUUUACAGAUUUGGGUAGAUCAGGAGGUGAUCCAUCUUUUUCUAGGGAAAUGGCUCAAUCCGGUGCUCAGGCAGCAUUUUCAGGCUCAUCCCAUGGUGUUGGUAGGAUAUCCAAUUCGUAUAAUGACAACAGGCAUAAUGAAUAUCCAAUCCCGCAGCGAAACCCGAUGCCUGGAGCCAAUUGGUCUUCUCACCAUCCACCAAAUUCUUUUUCCGGUAAUAGAAAUGAAUCCUUGCAGGCGUACAAUGAUUCUGUUGCACAAGAAGAUGGGUUUCCUCAUUAUACCGGAAACAGGCAUUCGGAAGGAAAUAAAUCUUCAGUUCCUUCGUCUCUGCCGAUGGCUGGCCUACAACCGAGGCAACUUGCACAAUUAGCAUCAUCUCUUCUCGGACAGCAGCAGAGGCAAUCGGAAAGCAAUCAAAAUGUAUCUUUGGGUGAAGAUGUUCGGCAAACAAAUGCAAUGAACCAGUUCGAGAACCAGUUCAGGACAGCACCGGGGGCUGUACAGAUGAAUCGCAUUGGUUCUGAUAUUUCAUCGUCUCAGUUUGGCCAACCGCAACAAUUGCAGCAACAGCAGGCUCAGGUUUCAAAUAAUAUGCCUAAUCAAAGAGACAUUGUUCAUAAUGGGAAUUCGAAUUUUCAGAUGCAAAAUUCUAAUAGUGCACAAGAAGAUGCAGAUGGAGAUCCACAAAAACGUCUCCAAGCAACGUUACAGCUCGCAGCAGCACUUCUUCAGCAGAUCCAACAAGGAAAAGGAACUUGAUGAUCCCAUAUGCCGGUGAAGCGACCUAAAAAUGGUCCUCGGAGAAUGGAACACAAUAUCCAACAAACAGUGCACCGAGUUGCUGCAAUUUUUCUCUGCUGAUGUGAAACUUGUGCAGUUUUCAUUUUUGUCUUUAAUCUAUGGAAAUAUCAACUAGCUAAUUUGUUUU